AUGGGAGACAACCCAUUAUCAAGAACCUUAGACAUACAAUACCUAAUAGUGGACUGCCCCAGUCCUUACAAUAUUAUCCUUGGGAGACCUGCUCUGAACAUGUUCAGAGCAGUCAUAUCUACUUAUCAUUUAUGUGUUAAAUUUCAGGCACAAGACGGCAAUAUAGCAACAAUACACUCUGACCGUCAACAAGCUCGGAAAUGCUACAAUGCAAGCUUAAAGAGAUCAGACACAAGCCAGAAGCAAAGUGAAGUCCAAUCAAUACAUGACACGAAAGUUUUGUCGUUGGCCGAGCUUGACCCUCGGGGGGACGCCCAAGAAAGGCCUCAACCAGCAGAUGAACUGCAUAAGAUCCAACUAACCCAAACCCCGGGACAGGUAACAUACGUCGGCCAAGCACUAGAGGGACAACAGAGAUCGGAGCUAAUAAAAUUACUACAAGACAAUGCUGAUCUAUUUGCUUGGACCCCGGCAGACAUGCCCGGCAUUAACCCAGACAUCAUCUGCCACAAACUGGCCACCAACAAGACAAGCCGACCUAUAUCCCCGAAGAAGAGAAACCUCGGUGCGGAGAAAUCAAAAGCGGCUUUAGAAGAAACAGAGAAGCUUCUCAAAGCCAACUUCAUCAAAGAAAUCUGCUUCACCACGUGGCUCUCAAACGUGGUAAUGGUAAGAAAAAACUCAGGUAAAUGGCGCAUGUGCGUCAGCUUUAUAGAUUUAAACAAAGCAUGCCCUAAAGAUGCUUACCCAUUGCCGAGCAUUGACAAACUCGUAGACAACGCUUCGGGUUUUAAAACUUUGAGCUUCAUGGAUGCAUACUCUGGCUACAACCAGAUUCUAAUGCAUCCAGAAGACUAA